GAGAAGAUGACCAAAGGGAAAGCAAAGAUCAGCAGUAAUGAGGACUCGGCUCUACCCAGGACUCGCUCCCUCAGGUCAAGGAAGAGGGAAUGUCCAAGUGAGGAAAUUUCCCCAAUAUAUGAUGCUCAGAAUAUUCUCCAUCCACUGGACACUGAAGCACAUAAUACAGGUGUUGCCACACUUCUGCAGUGUCCCCAGUCCCCACUGCAGGAAUGUGCUCUCAGUUUAAAUCAACAGGAUGAAAUAGCUGAACAGCCCUGUCUUGCAAAUUCUGAUGGAUGCGCAAAAGACACACAAACAGAAGCAACUAAUGUGGCAGUAACACAGCCAGAAGAGACAGCGGUAACCAAUCCCAACUAUGAUUCUCAGCUGCAGAGCUCUCAGGUAGAUACAGAUAAUGAUACCAACAAGAGCGUGAAGGACAAGGAGAAGACGGAGGUCCUCUUACCAGUUUCUGAAGAGGGUAACAGACCUUGUGCAACUCCCUCAGAGAACUCUAGUUUAAAGGAAAGUCAAGAAACCAGCCAAGCACAGCCCAGCAACAUGUGCAUCGUUGAAGUCAAGGAAAUCGCAAAGGAGUCGGCAGUGGGAUUACCGGCCAAAAAGAAGCGAAGGAUGGGCGUGUGUGGUCGGUCAGAGAAGGAGAGGAGUCAGUUUUUACUCACACAGAAACUUGAAAACGGAACAAAGAGAACUGACAAACAGAUUUGUGAUAACACAGCUGACGCUCUGGCUCCAGGAGAGAAUAUAUCUUCACAUUUACCACCCUCACCUCUUGUCAGCCUAGCGGACGGCAUCACAGAGCAGACAGGAGUAGAGCUACAGCUUCUGCCCAGUCAGAGUGGAAGGGAUGCCAGAACGGAAACUGAACGCUGUGAUCGUGCCACCGCUUCAGAUGGGACAGAUGCUGUGUGUGAUCCAGGCUUCUCCGAGGGAAAACACUGUGAACUUGAAGGUGUUGUAGUGUCUGGUCGAGAACAAAUGGGUGACUCAGAAUCAAACCAUGAUCCAGAGGAAGAAGAGAGGGAGCAUUUGUGCGAUACUGAACUACAACAACUCAGAGCAACUCCAGGUGAAAUUAUGGCUGAAAUCCCUGAGCAAGAAAUGAAAGAAGUGGAAGAUGAGUCAACACAAGUCAACUGUGGUGCAGACAGUCAAAAUGAAAAGAGUGAUAACCAGGAUGCAAUUGGAGCUGCCCUUCUAGUGGAGAAUAGAGAUGAGAAGAGGGAAGAGAGUACUGGUGACGUGGUGUGUGGUCAUGCAGCUGAAGAAUGCGCUUCCUGCUUUGAUACCCAGCCUGAAGCGAUAAACUGUGGCUCUGUGGAGCUCGAUGAGGCUGCAGUGACACCCAGCAUCUCAGAGAAGAAAGACAGUUCUGAUCCUGAGGACAAACCUGCUGCUGGUCCUUCAACUGGGAACGGUGAAGACACUCAGACCAAGGACACAGUCGACCCGUUUGGACCUGGGUGUUUAGACUACGUGUCGGACUCGCAGCUGAACACCAUUGUUCUGAUUGAGGAAGAGGUGAUGACGAAAGGGAAAGAAAAUUACAUCCCAGACUGUCACGAAGAUGCCUCAGACCUAAUCUGUGGUCUCAUUGGAGAACUCUCCUCCCUAAAUCGAAAGGUCAUGGCCACUCAUCGAGAGCUGGAGAGCCUGCGGCGUAGCAGCAAAAGUUCAAGGAACCCCAGACGUUGAGGAUUUGUUUCAAGUACUGUCCGAUUUUCCCCCAAACCGUUCAUGGGUAAAGAGUUCACUUAUAAGAACGUUUCAAUAUUUCACUCCAGUGUUCAUUUUGAUUACUUGUUUUCCUUGUUCACGACAAAUAAAUGUGGCUGUGGUUUGACUCAGUGAUCUGAAUGGUAUCGGUCAUCUGAGACAGCUGCCAAAUAAUUUAUAAAAGAUGACAAAGAAUGCACAUGUCAAUGUCAUGACACUUGCCAAAAGAUGGCAUCUAAGUCAACUCCGUGGCGUACUGUCUCCAUAGCUGUCCAGACUCAUUAAAUUUGAAGUGAAGACUUUGUAUUCAGUAUUUUUUUCGCUCAAGUCACAGAAAAGUUGACAUUUUAUGAGUGAAAUUUUCUUAAUUUGC